AUGCAACAAAAACAAACCUCUACGACCCAUAAUGCCACAACCAACACGUUCAUGAAAUUUGAAAAUUAUGAACGGACCAAAAAACACCCAUUUGCUUUAUACGCUGAUUUUGAAUCUUUUUUAGUUAAACAAAAUAAUUCCAAUAAUACAAGAAAUACCUGUAUAAUUCAUGAUCAUGACUUGAUGAGUUAUUGUUACUAUAUAAAACCUUCUGAAGAUAUUCCAAUUGAAUUACUGAAUAAAUAUAAUAUUUCAACCAAACCAGUAAUGUUCAGAGGAGAUUCUAGUUUUGGGCAAAAGGAAUGUUGCAAAGAGGUUCAUGGAUGA